AUGUCACUGCUUCACCCAUUUCUGAGAAACCUCAACUUUACUAACAGCAUCAGGGACCAUAUAUCCUUAGGUGAUCAAAGAAAUUCUGAAAAACAAUAUGAUAUCCUGAACAUUGUGUCAUUCCCUGCCGCUCAUGCCUCCCUGGUUAAAGUAGGAGAGUUUGUUGUCAAUGGUGAAAAUAAUCAAACCUUGGUCAUCAAUGAAGAGGGUGUAGAGUGGCCUGUGGCGCUGGAAAAGCCCCCCAAAUCUUUGUGUACCCAGAAGUGUGUUCCAGGAUUCAAGAAAGUUAAAAAGGGCACUGACAUCUGCUGCUUUGAAUGUGACUUUUGUCUGACAGGGGAGAUUUCAAAUCAACAAGAUGCACAAGAAUGUAUCCCAUGUUCAGAGCAAAAAUAUUCAAAUCAAGAGAGAACCCACUGUCUCCCCAAGUUGGUGACCUACUUGGCCUUGAAAGAUUCCUUGGGGAUGGCUCUGGCCUGCACAGCUUUAUGCUUCUGUAUUGUGACAGCUGUGGUUUUGUGGGUCUUUGUGAAGCACCAAGACACCCCCAUAGUCAAGGCCAAUAACAGGACUCUCAGCUACAUCCUGCUCAUCUCCCUCCUCCUCUGCUUCCUCUGCUCCUUUCUCUUCAUUGGGCAUCCACACCCUGUCACCUGCAUCCUCCAGCAAAUCACAUUUGGACUUGUGUUCACUGGGGCUCUUUCCACUGUGUUGGCAAAAACCAUGGUUGUGCUGUUGGCAUUCAAAUCCAUGAAGCCGGGAAGAACCAUGAGGUGGCUGUUGGCAUCAGGGGCUUCUAACUAUGUCAUUCCCAUCUGCACUCUUGUCCAAGUGGUUAUCUGUGGCAUGUGGCUGGGACUGUCUCCCCCCUGCAUUGAUGUAGACACACGCUCUGAGCCCAGGCACCUGCUCAUCAUGUGUGACACGGGCUCAGUCGCUGCCUUCUACUGUGUGCUGGGCUACCUGGGCUCCUUGGCCCUGGUCAGCUUCUCCUUGUCCUACCUUGUCCGCAACCUGCCUGAUGCCUUCAAUGAAGCCAAGUUCUUGACCUUCAGCAUGCUGGUGUUCUGCAGCGUCUGGGUCACCUUUCUGCCUGUCUACCACGGUGCCCAGGGCAAGCUCAUGGUGGCCUUGGAGAUCUUCUCCAUCUUGGCCUCCAGUGCUGGUCUCCUAGUGUGCAUCUUUGCUCCCAAGUGUUACAUUAUUCUGAUCAGACCUGAUAAGAAUUCUUUGAAACAUCUAAGGAAUAAAAUGGACCCCAGGAGUAAUGCAUAUUCUUAG